AAUUUUUUUUUAAUUAACAUGAUAAGCAAAUGGAUCUAAUUGAACUAUAAAAAGUACAUACUGAUUUGAAUCUUCUUGAUUUUUAGGAUUAAGUACUUUCCAAAUAAAAAUUAUUUUCUAUGUAUUUUACAGCCAAUGCUUCUUUAAUUAUUAAUUUCAAUAUGAAUAUGAGUGUGACCCUUGAAAUUGGGACAAGUCUUACACAUAUUCAUACAAAUUUUGUGAUCUGAGUUGGUAUGCUCUGUGGUGGGGUUGGGAAAUGAAGAGAAACAAAACUAUAAAGAAAGAUUAUGAUAUGAAUAGAAAAGGAAGACAGUACCAUGUGAUUGCCCAAUGGCUAAUGCCUCCUCACCAGACCCCAUUGCCUCUUCACUCUUGAGUCUCAUCUGUCCUACAGCAUUAUUGGUUAUAUAUACUCAUCAAAACAGGUUCCUUAGCACCACAAGCCCUCACAUCCUAAACUAUCAAACUUUUCUUUCUUCUCUGUGAUCUUUUUCUUUGAAAGAAGAAUUUUACAACAAUGGGUUUUCGCUUUGCUAGCUUAGUUCAUGCCAAGCAACUCAUUCAGAAACCUUUCUCGAGUACAAAAGAUGUUCCAAAAGGGUACUUGGCAGUUUAUGUUGGGGAGAAGAGAAUGAAGAGAUUUGUAAUCCCUAUAUCAUUCUUAAACCAGCCAUCAUUCCAAGACUUGCUAAGUCAAGCUGAACAAGAGUUUGGAUUUGAUCAUCCAAUGGGAGCUCUUACGAUUCCCUGCAAUGAAGAGGCCUUCGUCGAACUUGUUUCUCACUUAAGCGCUUAACAAUGAGUAGAAUAACUGCUAACAAUACCACUGAUUACUACAAAUUUUUAAAGGCAUAAAUGCCAAAACCAUGUACAAAUUUUUCCUUGGAGACCAAGAGUAAAGUCUCCAAGAAUGAUAUAAAUGAUACAACUUAACUUUUUCUUCCC